CCACAGAUUUAUUUUAAAUUUAACGAAUAUAAAUUUAGGGUUUUAGGAGGUAACCUGGCAGCAUAUAUAAGGCGGGUGUUAAAUUAUUUACAGUCAUUAGUUUUCAGAAGGUUUCAAUAUGAAGCUGCUCGUCGUAUUCGCUUUGACUCUGGCCUAUACCUCGGCUUCGGUGCUUCACGGCUUCAAUUCCUCAGUGGUUGAUACCAAUGUUGGGAUCAUCCAUGGACAUAGUGCUACGCCCGGACAGUUCCCCUACCAAGUUCAACUACUUUUACCAGGCGGCCCUCAGUGUGGCGGCUCCUUGAUUAGUCAUCGUUGGGUUCUGACCGCCGCUUCCUGCACAGAACACUUCGAUAAUGUCACAGUUCACUUGGGUAGCAUUGGAAGAUCUACCCCGCGGGUAAAGCACAUUGUUAGUAAGAAGGACAUCAUCAUUCCCGAAAAAUAUAAGAGUAAUUCGCUUUUAUACGAUAUCUCACUUAUCCGCAUUCCAUACGUUAAAUUCAACAAAUAUAUUAGGCCUGUAAAGCUACCGAAGAUCAACAGACGCUAUCCCUCCUAUGCUGGGAGUAAAGCUUAUAUUACGGGCUGGGGAAGCACCUCGUUUGAUUCCACCCAUAAACCCGAAAUACUCCAGUACGCCAAAGUAGGGAUCAAGAGUAUAAAAGAUUGUAAGGAAAAGUACGGAAAAUAUUUUGCACGUUCCCUCAUCUGUGCCUCAAUCGUCUCAGCCGAAACUUGGGAAGGCGAUACAGGCAUCCCAUUAGUGGAAUUACGUAGCUCGGUACAGAUCGGUAUAUCCUGCUAUGAUAGUCCGAAACCCAAACACAAAUACCCCGCUAUAUUCACCCGAGUGACUAGCCACCUCGAUUGGAUCAAGUACUACACCAGACUCCCUUUGUGAUAUGUUGUUUUAAUGAAGGCUAACACUCCUUUUUAUUAUAUAGCAAAAUUCCAAUCAUUCGGAAAU